CCCCGUAUAAAUUCUGUCUCCUCCUCUCCGCCGGUCCUUCGCUCUUCCUGCAGCUUGCUUGUCCACGUAGGUGCACGAGGUCCAGCUAAACCAGACAAGAAUUAACAAUGGGCUUUGGUGAUCUGAAAUCCCCGUCUGGCGUUAAAGUUUUGAAUGACUUUCUGGCUGACAGAAGCUACAUCGAAGGGUAUGUCCCCUCCCAAGCCGACGUCGCCGUGUUCGACGCCCUGUCUGGAGCCCCAUCAGCUGACCUGUGCCAUGCUCUGCGUUGGUACAACCACAUCAAGUCUUACCAGAAGGAGAAGGGCAGCCUUCCUGGGGUGAAGAAGGCCCUCGGUCAGUACGGUCCCGCUGGUGUAGAAGACACAACCAGUGCCGGUGGAGACGCUGCCGCUGAUGAGGAUGACGACGAUAUGGAUCUGUUCGGUUCUGAUGAGGAGGAUGAAGAGACCGCAAGGAUCAAGGAGGAGAGACUGGCCGCCUACAACGCAAAGAAGUCCAAAAAGCCAGCAUUAAUCGCCAAGUCCUCCAUCCUGUUGGACGUGAAGCCGUGGGACGAUGAAACGGACAUGGCCAAGCUGGAGGAGUGUGUACGCACCAUUCAGAUGGACGGCCUUCUCUGGGGACAGUCCAAACUCGUGCCCGUCGGCUAUGGCAUCAAGAAGCUGCAGAUCGCGUGCGUGGUUGAAGAUGACAAAGUGGGAACAGACAUCCUGGAGGAGCAGAUCACAGCCUUUGAGGACUUCGUCCAGUCCGUGGAUGUGGCUGCCUUCAACAAAAUUUAAACGCCUCGAAGAGAAAGUUGCUAUCCGUGCAAUAAAUUGGGCACUUACAGAAUUAA